AUGGAAGAAAGGUGUGGAGGUGCUGAAGAGGCCAGGUCUCAAGGAUCUUCUGCCCCUCCCCCACCAGCCCAGGAUAGAGACAAGGCGCUGGAAGGGGAGGAGUGUGUGCCCCACUCCCAGCCAUGGCAAGUGGCCCUCUUCGAGCGUGGGCGCUUCAACUGCGGGGCUUCCCUCAUCUCCCCACGCUGGGUGCUCUCUGCUGCACACUGCCUCACCCGCUUCAUGAGAGUGCGCCUGGGUGAGCACAAUCUGCGCAAGCGUGAUGGCCCCGAGCAACUGCGGAUGGUUUCUCGCAUCAUCCCCCACCCGCAGUACGAAGCACGCAGCCACCGCCAUGACGUCAUGUUGGUGCGGCUAGCCAGACCUGCGCGUCUGACCCCCCAGGUGCGCCCAGUGGCUCUGCCCACCCGUUGCCCCGACCCAGGAGAGGCCUGCAGGGUGUCUGGCUGGGGCCUGGUGUCCAACAAGGAGUCCGGGACCACAGGAAGCCCUGAGUCUCAAGUGAGCCUCCCAGACACGCUGCAUUGUGCCAACAUCAGCAUCAUCUCGGACGCCUCUUGUAACAAGGAUUACCCUGGACGCCUGACAAGCGCCAUGGUGUGUGCAGGAGUGGAGGGCGGAGGAACGGACUCCUGCGAGGGUGACUCCGGGGGACCCCUGAUCUGUAGAGGUGCUCUUCAGGGCAUUGUGUCCUGGGGUGAUGUCCCUUGUGACACUACCACCAAGCCUGGUGUCUAUACCAAAGUCUGCCGCUACCUGAAGUGGAUCAGGGAAACCAUGAAGAGAAACUGACUAAUUGGCCUACCUGACUGAGCGGAAGCCUCCAGGGCUGGCCAGCGGUCCCGUCCUGCCCUACUAGGCUACUAUGUCCCUGUCCUGCCCUGCACCUACUAUGUCCCUGUCUAAGUCCCAGAUGGUAGCCAAGGAC